AUGGAUGUUCCGUCGUCGAGGAGGAGGUACGCUCGUUCGAGCACUCACACCGCAAUCGCACAAUAUCUGACUGAUUCCUGCUCGAGUUUAUUGCACAAAUUGACGACGAGAGUCAGGGGUCCCUCGCAAGUCGUCGAAUCGAAUAAUCCGCAGAAAAAUCGUAGUUAUUUCGAUAUAUAUUCGGAUGUGAGAUCGAGAUUUAAUAACUCCGCCUACGAUCACCAAACCAAACAAUUCGACAAAAAACAGCAGCAACAGCAACAGCAUCAGGAGCAGGAACACGGCAAAACGGAAGCGGGAAAAGAUUCCAAGAGAGAUUGGCCGGAUGUUUUGAAAAAUUCUUACGGAGUCGUCAAAAGCAAUUCGGAAAAAUUUUUAAAUUUGAAAAGUGGGAUAAACGAAGAGUCUGUCAAACGGAGAAUAGAAGAAGUGAAUAGGGAAACGGAAAAUUGUGGGAAUUUCAGUCGAACGUGUAAAAUAUAUCCGAAAGAGAGUAAAAAUGUUAAAAAAGACGACGAACGGGUUCGUCCUCCGGAAAGGGUUGGGAAUAAAUUGAAAGAAGAGGAAGAGUCGACGACGACGACGACGACGUCGUCGUCGUCGACUCUGUUGAAUUCUUUAGGAAGCACGAGAAUGAGAUUAGAAGAUAAAUAUUCUGACGUUUUAAAUAAAAUGGUUAGAAAGAGACAAGAUGUGAAUAGUAAAGUGGUGGGGGUGCAAUACCCGACGGAGAGGAAAUACGAAUUGGCAAAAAGUUGCACGACAGCAAGCGUUUUGCUGUGCGAAAAAGCUUAUCCGUUUGUUGCGACGCCCCGGGUCGCGGCAGGAGCAGCAGCACCCAGAGAUAAAACUCCGUUCCGUGUCGGCGAAGACCCAUCAUUAUCAUCAUCAUCAUCGUCGUCGUGUAGAUCUCGACGUCACAGGAGUUACAAGGACGAAUUAAUGCCGGCUUAUCGAAAGUCGGGACCCCUUUGCACGACGGACGGAAGUAAAUCAUCUCUGAACGUUUCUAGUAGUAGGCCUUAUUUGAAAAUAUGCUCAAUUGACAUUGAUAAAAAAAUUGAUGACAAGUUUGAUGAUGAUGAUGAGGGAAAAUCCGUGGAGGAAAAGAAGUGCGAAGAUGGAGGAGGAGGAGAAGGAGGAGAAAGCGUCGCGGAUAAGGUCGCGACGGAAAGAGAAGUCAGGAGAAAAGAAAUACAAAAUUUAAUUAAUAAAUACUCCAUGUUGGACGAGGCUUACAAUAGACUGAGCGGUGGAAAAAUGAAAAAAAGCAAAGGAAAAGACGUGUCAACAAAGCAGACGACAUCUGCGAUGACCUCCAAAUCACGACAACAACAACAACAACAACAGAGCAAUUUGAUUUGCGAUAAAGUGCCAGGCUUUCUCUUCUUUUCUCUUCUCCCUGCUCUUCGUGGUGGCCAUGGCUGGCAAGCUUUCUUUUUUUCAAAACUUGUUCUCACAACUCGAAACGGAGAAAUUCGUUAA